CCAUCAUCAAAAGAAGGAGAUCAUCAACAGUUUCCUUCUUUCUUGUCAAUUCACCUUCUCCAGCCAGUCCGAUAAUUUGGCCCAAGAGAGUGGGGAGAGCAAGACAACAUGGCGGAUUCUACCGAAGCCAAGAUUGCUGAAAUCCAUGCGCGGAUUCAAACUCAGCGCAAGCUGAUGGAAGGCAGUCAAGCAUUACGCGGAGCAACGCCAAAUCAAGAUGUGAUUAGAUCUGCAGAAGCACAAAUUAGAGAUGCUCAACGUAAUAUUUCUUACCUGGAAGAAUCUCUUCGAGCUCUCCAAGGUAGACGGUCUAGCGGAGGAACAGGUAUGCGUCCACCAGGUGGUGCAACACCAAGCAAUCCAAACGCAUUCUAUUCACCCGGCAUGGUACAAGCACCAGGUCGAACUGGUUCUCCAUCUGGCAUGCGACCACCAGGAGCAGGAAUGCCAUCCUCUAUCGGAAGCUCUGGACCGCCAAGUUUCACCUCUAGCAAUAGCUUCAAUGGAAGUCUCUCAGGUUCUUCUCGUCCUUAUCCGGGAGAUAGUUCUUCAUCUUAUCUCUCUUCUGCGCCUUCUGAUGGCAGGAGAGGAAGUCCAGGCCCAGGUGGUUUACCUCAGAGGUACGAUGACAGACCAUUGCCAAUGGCACCAGGUGACGGAAGGAGACCCGUAGGGCAAUCUCCAAUGCAACAACAAGGUAUGGCACCACUUGCUGGACAGGACAUCAACAGGAUGGGUACCAGCGCCAGAAAGAAUUACACAAAUCUCGAUUUGAUCAAGUAUGACAUGCCGCAUACUACGGCAAAAAUCUCCAAGAUGCUACACCAGCUCGAAUUCAAGCUGCAAAUCGAACAGCAAUACAAGAUGGGUAUCGAUAAGAUGGCAAAGCUAUAUCAAGCUGACGGUGACAGGAAGUCCAAAAAUGAUGCCGAAUCAAAACGAGUUGAAAGUGCUGCCAAGAUUCGAUUAUUGCAACAGAGCAUCAAGAGGUACAAGCAAUUGCAUGUAAUGGACGAAGAUGCCGAGGACGAAAAUAUGCCUGCUUCCUUGGACGGAAGACGUCAGAAUUUGCGUAAGCCGCUCUCUGGUACACUGCAAGUAUCAGUCAGAAGUGCUCGUGAUAUCGAUCACGUUCCUAAUCCAAAGCGUGGAACAAGGGAAUCGACUGUGGUUAUCAAAGUGGAGGAUACGCCAAGAGCAAGGACCCACCCUAGUCGUACCGAUCGAUGGCAAGAAGAUUUUGAAGUUGCCGUGGAUAAUGCAAAUGAGAUCGAAGUGACUGUAUACGACCGUAUCGGAUCGAACCAUCCUGAGCCUGUAGGUAUGCUUUGGAUUCGUAUCAGUGAUAUCGUCGAAGAAUUGCGUAAAAAGAAGUUUGGUCAAGUUCCUGAUGCUGCUGGUCCGGCUGCUCCCGGUGGUUGGGUCACCGCACAAGAUGUGCAAGAGCAACAAAGCCCAGCAUCAUUCAAUUCUCCUGCCCAACCUGGUAUGAUGGACGCAACAUUCAACAACGGCCCUGCAGGUGCACCCGUUCCUAUGGGUCCAACGUCAGAUGGUAUCGAGGCUUGGUUUGCCGUUGAACCAGCAGGAGCAAUCUUCUUGCGUGUCAACUUUGUCAAACAAAAUGUCCGCAAACGCCCAUACGACGCCCGUCUUGGCCGUCAAGGUGCUGUUCGUAAGCGCAAGGAAGAUGUCUCUGAAAUCAAUGGACACAAAUUUAUCUCACGUCAAUUCUACCAAAUCAUUCGAUGUGCACUCUGCGGAGAAUUGUUACUCAACGCAGCUGGAAGUCAAUGUGACGACUGUCGAUACACCUGUCACAAGAAAUGCGCUCAAAAGGUUGUCACGAAGUGUAUCAGUAAGAGUAAUGCUGAAGCUGAUCGUGAUGAAGUGAAGAUCAACCAUCGUAUUCCACAUAGAUUUGUGCCUUUGACAAACAUUGGUGCAAAUUGGUGUUGCCAUUGUGGUUACAUCUUACCUCUUGGACGAAAGAAUGCAAGAAAGUGCACAGAAUGUGACUUGACAUGUCAUGCCGAUUGUGCGCACUUAGUGCCUGAUUUGUGUGGUAUGUCGAUGGAGAUGGCCAAUCAAUUAUUGACCGACAUGGAAGCCAUUAAUCGUAACAAAACUUCAGCUCGCACUCAACCAAGCAAUAAUCUGUCUUCUCAACAAGGCAGGCCGCCCUCAGGAUUUACUGGGCUGGAACAACAAACUGCGCAAAUGGGAAUCAGACCACAGCAACCUUCAUCCCCAGGAGGAGGACCACCGCAAUUAUCCAUGUCGCAACAAAGUGUUGGACCGCAGACGUCACAAUACGGUCGACCUGUGCCAGGCGGUGCACGCUCGAUGGAUGAAAGCGCUUAUAAUGACUCUCAACAAGGCAUUCGACCUCCAAGACCUUUGCCACAGCCAGCAUCACAACAAGGCUUUGGCGGCAGCUAUGAAGGACGUCCUCCAAUGUCUCAGUCUGCAUCUCAAGGCAACCUGCAUGGUCCUCCCGGUCAAAAACCUGGCUCUGGCUUCACGCAAGGCAUUCCCGCUUCGCCUUCUAAGCAAUCAUUCCAUUCUGCUGGUCCCGGUCAAACAAGCACGGAUGGAGCUUCUAUCAGAAGUGGCUCGACAAUCACUAUUGAUGGACAACAGCCGCCACCACCAAAUCAACAACAAGUUGUUAUGCCGCCAGCAAGUCAACAACAGCCACUUCAAAUGCAACCACCACGCAACCCGCCUUCGUCAAAAAGAAAGAUUGGUCUUAAUGAUUUCAACUUCCUGGCAGUCUUGGGUAAGGGUAACUUUGGUAAAGUGAUGUUGGCAGAAGAAAAGAGAUCAGGUUAUCUCUAUGCCAUCAAAGUGCUAAAGAAAGAAUUCAUCAUCGAGAAUGAUGAAGUUGAAAGUACAAAGUCAGAAAAGCGAGUCUUUUUGGCAGCUGCACGCGAAAGACAUCCUUUCUUAUUGGGCUUGCAUUCUUGUUUCCAAACUGAAACGAGAGUGUACUUUGUUAUGGAGUACAUCAGCGGUGGUGAUUUGAUGUUGCAUAUUCAACGUGAACAAUUCACGCCAAGGAGGGCAAAAUUCUAUGCUGCGGAGGUUCUUCUGGCUCUCGAGUACUUCCACAAGCAAGGAAUCAUCUAUCGUGAUUUGAAAUUGGACAACAUCUUGCUCACCCUUGAUGGUCACGUCAAGGUUGCAGAUUAUGGUUUGUGCAAAGAGGAUAUGUGGUUUGGCAGUACAACGAGCACAUUCUGUGGAACGCCUGAAUUCAUGGCGCCUGAAAUCUUGCUGGAACAAAGAUACGGAAGAGCAGUGGAUUGGUGGGCAUUUGGAAUUUUGAUCUACGAAAUGCUAUUGGGUCAAGCACCUUUCCGAGGAGAUGAUGAAGAUGAAAUCUUUGAUGCAAUUUUGGAAGAUGAACCACUUUAUCCUAUUCAUAUGCCUCCAGAUUCUGUUUCAAUCUUGCACAGAUUGCUUACUAGGGAUCCAACCAAGCGUCUAGGUGCAGGACCAACGGAUGCAGAUGAGAUCAAAGCACAUCCAUUCUUCCGGGAUGUGAAUUGGGAUGAUAUGUUCCACAAACGUGUUCCACCGCCAUUCAUUCCUACAUUGAAGAAUCCCAGUGAUACAAGUUGGUUCGAUACCGAGUUCACAAGUGAAAAGCCAACUCUUACACCUGUUCAUAGCGUCUUGUCUGCUCAAGAUCAAGCUGAAUUCCGUUCAUUCUCUUGGACAGCACCUCAUGUGGUUUAAGGUUUCAAAAUCAUCCAUGUAUCUAUACUUUCCAACCCCAUGCUUCUUUUGCAAGCAGCCACUUCUUUUUUUCGUUCUUUUUAUCUUCCAUUUUAUAGGUACAUGAUUUCAAGAUUAUAUAAAUGCCAAUGUCGUAUGAAACGUAAAAAUGAAAAUUCAAUUUCUUCUUUGUUU